AUGGAAAUGCAGCAAAACUGCAGCAUUUCAUGCUUCUGGGAAACCCAACCUCUUGGUUGUGUGAAGAUCAGUUGUAUCUUUUACCACAGCAAACCCCGAAAUAUCAAUGGAUUAUUUUUGCCACCAAGUAGCAAUACCACCUUACAGAAAGAAAGUCAGGAAGGAAGCCCACCCCCAACCCAGAGUCAGGAGCCUCUGAAACCCAUGGAGAACAUAUCACGGCCUAUUCAUCAUCCAUUAGUUUUAAAAACCAACUUUGAAGAAGAAGAGGAGGAAGGAGAGGAACAAAAUGAUGCUUCUAGUUUAUGGACAAAGACCCCUGAAGAAAUUGAAGAGAAAAGAGCAAUAAGGGAGAUGUGUUAUAAAUCUGGGGAAUACUAUAGAUUCCAUGCUGCACCAGACGUCUCAUCAUCAAAAAGCAUAGCUCCUACCACGGAAAAAGAGUUAGAAAAGCCUUUGGAAAAUGGCAGUGAAUUACAAGAAGGAGAUGGUCUUGCAGUUCCAACAAAGUUCAGCCUAUUUGAAAGGCCAAGAGAGGCAAAAACAUCACUGGAUAGGAAACCAAGGACUGACAUUGCCGCUUUUGAAAACGGAGGAGGUGACUGCUAUGCUCCACAGAGGAUCAUAUUUCUUGGAGUGGAUGAGACUGAAGCAUUAGCUGAAGAGAGAGAGACCGCCUCAAAAUGUUCAAAUGCCAAGGAUAACAAGAACAGUCUUCACCAAAAGCAGCCCCCCACCACUAGCCUUGUGCCUGCAACACAUGUACUAAAUGCUACUGAGAACAUCAGCAGCAAGUGCAGAGAGAAGCCCUCUUCAAUCAAUGCUGUCCAGCCCAUGAGGAAGCCUCAUUUUAAAGGUGUGAAGAAAAGAAAAUGGAUUUAUGAUGAACCAAAGAACUUCCCUGGCUCUGGAAUGCGGAGAGCAGUACACACCCCAAAUUCCAAACAUAAAAUGAGUUACCACCAUCAUAAUAAAAGCCGAAAUGCUGAGAACACCUCCUAUGUGCAUGUUCAAAGAGAUGCUGUAAGAACUGUCACCCUGAACACCCCUCCCCGAAGCAGGCCCACGAGCGGGUCCUACAACAAAGCCGAUGCCAACAAGGAGCCCAAACUCAACCUCUGCCCAGAUAAACAUAUGCCAGCACCAUACAACAGUUCAGCCUGGAGAAGAAGAAUUCCUUUCUCAAAAACUUAUUCAAAAACUGAAAAGAUAUAUCCAGAGCCAAGAAGAAAUGGGAGUAAGUAA